AGCUCCAGAUUUUUUGGAUGGCGCUCCUAUUGGGUCGUCCUUCAGGAUGGGGUUUUAUCCUGGUACUCAAAGCAAUCUGACGCAGCUGCCAAUGUGAGAAGGCAAGGAUGCAAAUCUCUCACCAACUCUCACUGUUUGAUACGAGCCAGAGACGACUGCUUUUUUACCCUCAAGUGCUUUGAUGACAGCGUCCACCAUUUCAAAGUCUCCCCCAAAGCUGACCCUGAAGCAACAAGAAAGGCAGGUCCACUUCUCUCCCCUCAGUUACAAGCUGCUAAAAGCCCAGGGAUCAGUCAGCCUUUGCAGAUUCAGAAGAAGUGAAAAGUUUUCUUUAGUCUGAAAAUCAUUGUUUUUUUCCUUUAGAGCAGGGGUCUCAAA